CAAAAAAUGGCGUCGACUGCUGUACAAGUAAGAGGCAUUUCCUUUACUCAAAAUAAGACGCACAAGAGAAGAGCGAGCGAAGUGUAGAUGACCUGAUAGCCGUACUGGUCAGCAUGGGUUUUGAGAUCACGGACGGUCAGCAGGCUGUCCAGGCAGGAAAACUCACAGUAGAGGAGGCAGUUGAAUGGAUACUGCAAGGGAAGCCUCAGGCAGCUCCAGCUUUACCUGGGAAUUCAGUGCUGAGACUGAGACCACAACAGGGUAGCAGUCUGGACACAGCCCCCAGUGCCAUGGCUAGCUUUGUGAAGCCAGUUCCCAUUCCUGAGCACGUCACAGCUCCCUCUGCUGCCAGUCAGCUGGGAGAGGAAGACAAAGAAGAGGAGCAGCUGGCCAGUAGAAUGAGGAUGAGUGAUGAACAAAGAAAAAUAAAAGAAACUUUUGAAGAGAAGCAGAGAGAAGAGGCAAGGAAAUCUGCACUGUCAGAGAAAAAAUUGAAAAAGAAGGCACAUGAGCAAGCCUUAAAACAAAUUGCUGAAGACCGUGAACUUCAGAAACAGAGGAAGUCAGGUGGUCCUACAUCACCACGGCAACAGGCAGUAGAAAGGGAUAGCCAAGACACAGUGUUAGCCACGUCACCACUGAAACCAGCACCCUCCACUCAGGACAAAUGUUUGCUUCAGAUCCGUCUGAUGAAUGGCAGAGUUCUAAGACACACUUUCAGUCCUGGCGCCACUCUCAGUGAUGUCUGGGAUCUGGUGCAGGAACAGGGGCAAAACAGUAUCACAGGCAUGGCCUUCAUGCAACCCUUUCCCAGGCGGGAGUUCACUAGAGAGGAUCUGACGCGGUCCCUCUCUGAGUUGGGGCUUACCCCUACAGGGUCCUUGGUGCUGAAGAAAAUGGAGACUGCCUCAGAAGAUACUGCCUCAUCCAGCAGCUCAGACACAGCUGUGAACACACAGCCAGAUGGCGCCACCUCACUAUCACCACCACCGCCACCAUUACUACCCCUUCCAGCUAAAGUAGCGAAUAAGGAAGCUGUUGGUGUGGCCACUAGAAGUCCAGUAGGUCAUUCCUGGGGUGGGGCUGGACACAGAAUGGACACUGAAGAAGAGGCCAGUGGAGUACAAGAACAGGCAGAAGGUCCGUCUCCUAUGGACAUUGUUGCUGAUGCUGCCAGAGAAACAGAUGAUGAGGAGGAGGAAGAGAUGGAGGAAGAGGGACAUGAUGUUGUUCCAGGAGGAGGAGUUUUGCCAGGAAUGUUACCACCACAUCCUAUGUUUGGAGGGGGAGGACAUCAUCAGUGGGGAGAGGGACAGAGACUGGCAGGAGAUGUACCAGUUGUGCCACAACUUCCAGCUCAGUUAGCUAAAAAUGCUGCAGCUGCAGCAGCUUUACAAAGGAUAGAUCAGCCACAGCAGCCAACACAACCUGUACAACUAAACCAAGAAGAACAGUCACAAUCCACUCACCAGAGUGAGCCACCUUCUAGGCAGCAGGCAAGAGGAGCCCAGGUCCAUACCCUCCUCCAGCAGUGUACUCGUCAUGUCAGCCAGCGCCUGUGUGACCCCAGGGUAAUGUCAAUGACCUCCCCCCUGGGGUGUUUACCCACAGAGCUGGCCGAAAAGUUGUUGCAAUAUGUACUAAAGGAGAGACUGCUCAAACCAAAGACUCUAAACGCUUUUUUACCCUGCCAUCUACGUCAACUGGUAUUUGAUUUUUAUCCCUAUACAACAAAUGAACUGUUAGCAGCAGUGAGAUUUCACACCAGUGUGGUCCACGUCAGUCUCUGUUCCUGCACACUGAUCACAGACAAGGGACUUCAGCCUCUGGUCACUCUGAGAAAGUUAAAAUAUCUCAACCUCAGCUGCUGUGGACAGAUAACCAAUGGCUGCUUUGAUGUCAUAAAAGAGUUUCCGCUGCUUGUCACACUGAUACUGGAAGGUACUAAAGUGACAGAUGAAGGCGUGCAGGAUUACGCUAACUCCGAACCCUCAGAACUUGUCAACCUCAACCUCAAUAAAACUGCUGUGACACAUGCAAUAUUCUCUAGUUUACAAAAGUUACAAAAACUAAGAAGUCUGAAUUUAGACCAAACACAGGUCCACAGUCUCUCAGGUCUCCAGAGUCUACAGCAGAUAGACAGUCUUAGUGUGGCAGCCACAGGGAUAGGAACAGACUCUCUCCUGGUGUUGUCUAUGUUACAUAACCUCAGUGGACUGGAUAUCUCCAGGACAGAGCAUGUAGAGGGAGACACUGCUCUACAGUAUAUAGCAGGACUUAGGUUACAAAGUCUAAAUUUUCCAAGCCGUUUGUCAACAACAGGUGCAGGAAUGUUGCAUGUAGCAGCCAUGCCACUCACUUCCAUGGACCUUACAAAUUAUAUCUACAUCCAAGACAGGGGACUGGAAAGCAUAGGGAAGAUCACAAGCUUGAGGCGCCUCCUUUUGACUAAUACCAACAUCACAGAUGUGGGGAUGAUGUUCUUAGAAGGGUUAACAAACCUUGAAGUUUUGUAUCUAGACAAAAAUGCAAUAUCAGAUGAGGGUGCUGCAGUGAUCAAAGCCUUCUCUAGACUUCAGGAAUUAAGUCUGUCAGAAACCAGAGUAUCCAGUGAUUUUCUAGUGGCAGGAAUUCUUAACAGGUGUCUCCAGUUGACCAAACUUAAUCUGAGCAGAACUAGAGUGUCUGACAGAGGUAUAAAAUGUCUGAGACUGCCGCACUUGGCCCUAUUAAACUUGGACGGGACGCGGGUCAAGAUGACCACUGUCCUCAAACUAGACGGUCUGCCGGAACUGAAGAACGCCAGCGCAAAGAACUUAACAGCUCCAGGGGACAGCUCUGAUGAUUAAAGCAGCAAGACGUCAAUGAAAACAAAGAAUAUGUUUUUCAAUUUACAUAUUCAUAUCGUUUUCUGGUGUCAGAAACAUGUCAGUGUACCAUUACCCCUGGGGGGGGGGAUCCUCAACGUAAUCAUUUCCUUCUAUUGCACGGUGUAACAUGAAUAUCUGACUCCCAUGAAUAUUUGACUCCCGGAGUCGAAUCUGACUCCUCCAUGAAAUCUUGACUCCCAGGGGCGCUGAUCCUAACCCUAACCCUAACCUGCAACUUACAAAAAGUGCCAAGGUAUCCUCCAUUAUGCGUGCUACAAGAUAAAAGUCAUAUACUCAAAUAAUAU